CUUCAACAAUUAACAAUCAAACAAACAAUCAAUCAAACAAACAAUCAACAAUGAGCAGCAACAACAACAACAACACAGCAGUAAGCAUGGGAUCCCCAGUGGACACUGUGAAGAAAACGAAACAAGGUCACUCUUUCCUGGGUUGUCUCUGUGACAUGAGAAGGGCUGUCAUCAUGCUUGACACACUUGGCAUGAUUGGAAGCAUCAUUGCUCUGGUGGCUGUGAUUCUCUAUGACAAGUAUGGAUCAGAAGAGGAUAAGAAGGCUUUGAUGCUUGAGAACUAUGAUCUUGGCGCUCUUAUUGCUAUUUACAGUGCUGUCAUCAUCUGUCACGUCAGUGCAGUCAUUGGUGCCGUCACAUUCACCAUUUGCCCAAUUUUGAUCACCAUUGCUAUGAACAUUGCCUAUGCUGUGAUUUCUGGCUUGGACAAGAACUGGAUUGGUCUUGGUAUCUACAUCUUCCUCCUGUAUCCCCAUGUCUUCCUUUGCCAGGAGCUUGCCAAGGGCACAAUGACGAGGGAGAAUUACCGCGGCCAAGAGCGCCAGUCUUGUUGCUGUGUAUAGAGCAUGAGGGCAGGAUCAACAGUGAGAGUAUCUGUCCGUCCGUGUGCAAUAUUUCCAUAGAACUGAAGCAUCAUAAAAAUAUAGAGAAAUGAUUUCUUAGAG